UGGCUCUACUGAUUCCUUAAAGAUGUCGAGACAGAAACAAAAAGUAUCAGUUGUAGGAUUUGGGUGUAAAUUCCCUGGCGCAAAUAAUAAAGAACAGUUUUGGGAGAAUCUCAGAGAAGGAAUAAACAGCGUCGAAGUCACACCAAAUGAUAGAUGGAACAAUGAACAUUUUUAUGAUCCAAAUCCUGAUAGCCCUGGAAAAAUGUACACAGACAAAGCCGGGUUUCUUGAUGGAAUUGAAAACUGGGACCACCAGUUUCAUGAAUGUAGUGAAGAGGAGGCCAAAUAUAUGGACCCACAGCAAAAGCUUGUUCUUGACUGUACACAUAUGGCGCUAGAGGAUGCCGGUAUAACAAGAAAGCAAUUAAAUAAUACAAAAACGAGUGUAAUCAUAGGCUGCAUGACCGAUGAUUACAAAACUCAGGUGAUGGAUAAUGACGGUACAGCAGAUAGUACUUAUACUGUUCCUGGAUCGCACAACAGUAUAAUCAGUGCACGAGUCUCGUAUUCCCUAAACUUGACUGGAACAGCCAUGACAAUAGACACCGCAUGUUCCUCAUCACUUGUAUCUAUAGACUUAGGUUGUCAAGCACUUAUGUUAGUGCCAUUUGUCAACAUGUUCUUUUUACUAAUUGACAGGUAG